AUGCCUCCAUUUACCAAUUCUAACCCGGGAAACAUGCCGAAUGAGGCGCCUGUGGACGAAAUCCGAAACAUCGAAAUGACUCAAGAACAGGAGGCUGCCCUUUCUGACGCAAUCGCGAGAGUCCGACGCAUUAUACACAUCACUGUUGAAUCUCAGGCCGCCGACGAAGUGAAACUCCACAUUUUGAGAAAGUGCACACUGAUUAAUGAUAUAUUUGACGAAAUCCUCGAAGCAGACCGUCGGGACUUCUUCGAGGCAGAGGAGCCUAGAUACAACGCUCUUAUUCAGGAUCUCCAAGAUGAUUUCAGAAUGAACAUCAUUUAA